ACAAGCCAAGCAGUACGAAUGUCCACAGGGCAGAGUGGCCGGCUCCUUCAGCGUGUCCAGGCAUACGGAGCACACAAACGCAUCCUCUUCGGUCCAGGCAGAGGCCAUUUGGAAGACGGGUCCGCUUUGCCGGAGGAUGUUUAGGAGCCUUCAAACCUUGAUGCGGACUUGCUCCCAAAGAUUUCUGCUCCUCUUGGAGGAACCCUACCUCUCUGCUUCCACCGAGAAUGCUGGAGCUGUGAGGCAGACCUUAAGAUGUGUGAAUGGAAGUAGAUACACGGAGAUUCCUGGAAAAAGCAGAAGCAAUGCGGAAUUAUCCUCGUCUACAGAGACUGUGUCUUUUUCAAGACAACCGUCAGUGUUUUGCCUGGACUGUAAUAAUCAUCGGCGGAAAGCAGGGAGCGCUUACUCUAGCGUUUUAGCCAGGACAUCCCACCUUCAACCCCUGAGAAGGCCUUGGGGCCUUUGCCAAGCUUUGCUCAGUUCCACCAGUAAGACUGUGUGCAGAUUUUCUCAAAACCAUUUAUAUCACACGCAGCAUCCUGUCAGACCUCUCAGUUUGUCAUCACAUACAACAGGCAUCUUAAAUGAGGUUUCCUAUAGUCUGCAAGCUCCCCAGCAAAGAACUAAUCAUCGGGCUGCUGCUUAUGUGGGAGAUGCCUGGAGAAACUGUCUGUCUCGGGAAAACGAAAAUAGGUGUCGACAAACCCUGGCACCCAACCUGAAGCUCUAUGAGGUGAAAAAUGUGGGAAAAGGGUCAAGUCGAAAUCAAGGAAAAAACCAAGGGAAACUGGCGUCCAUCCUGGUCUCUCUCUGCUCUGUUGGGAGUGAGCCUGUGUUUCUCUUCACCUUGCGCUCCAGCAUGUUGAGAGGGAGACACAAGGGAGAUGUCAGCUUUGCAGGAGGCAAGAGUGACCCUUCAGACAGCGAUGUAGUGGCCACAGCUUUGAGGGAAGCCAAGGAGGAACUGGGUGUCACUGUGGCGGCAGACAGUGUCUGGGGCGUCCUCAAGCCUCUUACGGAUGUUUCAGGGAUGAUGAUUGCUCCUGUGCUGGCUCACCUCGGCCCUCUAGAGGAGAUCACCUUAAAGCCAAACCCUGGCGAGGUGGAUGAAAUCUUUACCAUGUCGUUGUCCCACUUGUGUAACCCACAGAACCGGGGCUACACACACUUCCGCACUGGUAACAAGUAUGCUUACACACUACCAGUGUUUUGUAAUGGGAAGCAUCGAGUGUGGGGCCUGACUGCAGUCGCUUUAGACCAAACUCUAAAACUCAUCCUGCCGUCUUAGCAGCUCUGUCACAGUUAUCUUACAUGUGAACAGUGCCGAGGGACAUCUGUCAUAUGACUAGAUGAAAAAUACAAUCACAAAUGUGCAAUAAAGUAGCAGAACACUGUCAUCAGUCAAUGUUUAUACAAAUCAUGGACACUUUGAAGACGUGUUUCUUUUCUGUUGUGUAGUAAAGAGAAACCUGUUACCGUUUCAGCACUUUGAGGCUCAGAAAAGCAUUGCCGCAAGAAAUGAGAUCAGCUGUGCUAACUUCAAUUAGCAGGUUUUUAUGUUUAAGCAGUAAAUUAAUGCAGUGUAAAGACAACAAUAAUCAGUGUUGGUAUAUGAUUGUUACUUGAAUACUGUUCACACAGUAGAUAAUGAAGCUUACAAAUCCCCAGUUCCUUUGGAGCAGUUUGCUUAACUUAAGUGAGAUCAAUGAGUCACUGAUGUAGUGUCUUUCUCAUGGUCUGUAUUUGAUGAGCAGAGCCAUGAGUUCAUGGAUUCCAGUUUUUGGAACUGACGUUUCACCAGAUUAACUCUGAACUGUUUUAAACACUGAAGCACAUAAUGAUGAGAACAAUGCAAUAAAUGUUGAUUUUAAAUAUA